AUGUCCAAUCCGAAGCCCACAAUCUCUCUAAUCCAUGGCGCCUGGCAAUCUCCCUCCGUCUGGACCUUCGUUACCCCCCUCCUCGAGAAAGCAGGCUACUCCGUCUACCCCAUCCCUCUGAAAUCACCCGGUAUGGUCCCCGCUUCUCCAGACUUUAGCUGUGAUGUGGAUGUCAUUGGAAGCGGCAUCGAGGCCAUCCUGGACACGGGAAAGGAUGUCGUGGUCGUUAUGCAUUCGUAUGCGGCCGUGGUGGGAUGUGAGGCGUUGAAGCGGUUUCAUGGGGAGAUGUGGGGGUGUGAGAGUGGUGGGAAUGGGAUGGAGAAUGAUUGUGCUGAUGCCGGUACUGGAACUUCGAAGAGAGAUCUGGGUGCAAAAUUGAAAUUCAAAAUGGUGGAUGGGAUUGGAGAGCGGGAUAUGGAGACUGCGAAGUUCAUCCCCCGCCGCGGCCGCAUCUUGCACCUCGCCUUCAUUGCUGGGAUGGUCGUGCCAGUGGGAAGGGCCCUGUGGACGCCUGACAGAAAGGAGCUGAAUGGCUUUGAGUUGAAGGACGAACUAAUCCGCACCCUCGACGGUGCCACCCGCUUCUACAUCGACCUGCCCGCCCCCGCGCGGGAAUUCUGGUCCAGCAAGCUGAAGUUGCAACCACGCCCUGUCUUCUUCUCCCCCCUCACCUACCCUGCCUACCGCCACUACCCCAGCUCCUACCUAAUGUGCAGGCGCGACAUGGCCGUCCCCAUCAAGCUGCAAAUGCGCAUGGCAUUUGGGGCCGGGAUUGGCCGGGAGCGGGUGGAGGUGCUGGAGGAUGCGGGGCAUUCGCCGAUGAUUAGUUGUCCAGGGAAAGUUGUGGGGUUUAUUCGGCGGGCGGCAGGGGAGGCACAGAGGCUUGGGGGAAGUGUUUUGUAA